AUGAAAUUCUCACUCGCUUUUAUUGCCGCAAUUGCAGGCAUGGCAGCAGCGACCCCUAUCGCCAAGGGUGCUGAGCCUCCUAGCAUCUACCGUCGAGCGGAAGACACCGAACGUGGUGGGAUUCCUUGGAAGCGCGAGGAGGCCACUGAGCGAGGUGGCAUUCCAUGGAAGCGCGAAGAGGACACCGAACGUGGUGGGAUCCCGUGGAAACGUGCAGAAGACACCGAACGGGGGGGGAUCCCAUGGAAACGUGCAGAAGACACCGAACGUGGAGGGAUCCCGUGGAAACGUGCAGAAGACACCGAACGAGGCGGCAUUCCAUGGAAGCGCGCGGAAGAGACUGAGCGAGGUGGCAUUCCAUGGAAGCGUGAGGAGGACACUGAACGAGGUGGCAUUCCCUGGAAGCGUUCUCGAGGAGCUUAUUAG